AGGCUGCAGGAGUUUAGAGCUGGCAGUGCUUAUCUAGCUUGGCUCGUUGUGAGCCAAGCUGGAGACGAGCGCGGCUCGCUUGGCUGGUUCGCUGUCCGUGGUACUGAAAGCGCGCUCACAGUUCAACUCCUGUCCUAUCAGGGCCGCUGAACCGCGGCUCGAAGGCGUUGAGAGACCCUCCAUGGAAGAGAUGGAAGAGGAGCUCAAGUGCCCGGUUUGCGGCUCCUUCUACCGAGAACCUCUAAUCCUACCCUGUUCACACAAUCUGUGUCAGGCAUGUGCCCGAAACAUCCUGGUGCAGACGCCAGAGACGGAGUCGCCUCAGAGCCGGCGUGCCUCAGGGUCAGUUGGCUCCUCAUCUGACUAUGACUACCUGGACCUGGACAAGAUGAGCCUGUACAGUGAGGCGGACAGCGGCUAUGGCUCAUAUGGUGGCUUUGCCAGUGCACCUACUACACCAUGUCAGAAGUCACCCAAUGGUGUGCGUGUCUUCCCUCCAACUGUCCCUCCAGCUGCACAUCUCCCACCGGUUUCAGCCACUGCCUCAUUGGCACCGGUGCCACGCAAUUCCUGCCUCACCUGCCCACAGUGCCAUCGCAGCCUGAUUCUGGAUGAGCGGGGCCUUCGUGGUUUCCCCAAGAAUCGUGUUUUGGAGGGUGUCAUUGACCGUUACCAGCAAAGCAAAGCAGCUGCUCUGCGCUGUCAACUGUGUGAGAAGGUACCCAAGGAGGCCACGGUCAUGUGUGAACAGUGCGACGUCUUCUAUUGUGACCCAUGCCGGCUGCGCUGCCAUCCGCCACGGGGCCCCCUGGCUAAGCACCGUUUGGUCCCUCCAGCUCAGGGCCGGGUCAGCCGGAGGCUCAGCCCACGCAAGAUCUCCACCUGCACUGACCAUGAGCUAGAGAAUCACAGCAUGUACUGUGUGCAGUGCAAGAUGCCUGUUUGUUACCAGUGUCUGGAGGAAGGCAAGCAUUCCAGUCAUGAGGUGAAGGCAUUGGGUGCCAUGUGGAAACUACAUAAGGUCAGUCCUGGGAUGGGGGCACCGACUAAUGAACAGAGCAAGUAUGGUAGAAUACCUUGGCAAGAGAUGAAAAUCCUCAUUUCAGCCUUUGCACUGGGUCCUUGUGAUCUUUCUCCUAAGUAUCCAUUGAUCUCUCUUCCCUCUUUCUUACAGCUGUCUUUCUUUCUCUUACUUUUUCUCUAA